ACUGAAGGUGGGGCCUCUGCAGAUAUACCUUAAUGUCAUCAGAGUUAAUCAGCAUUCAACUUUAUAAGGCCUGGCUGCAGGGGAGAGAAACUGGUGCAGUAGACAAAGAAGGGGAAUAAGAUGUGGUGGUUUGUUGUAGUAGUAUGGCUAACACAAGCCAUUGCAAGCUCAGAAGAGGCUGGCAAUCGAAACACAGAUGAAAAUCCAGAAGUUCAUAUGAAUUCUAGUGAGGUGAUUCGCUACGCAGGGUACCCCAGUGAGAACUAUGAAGUCUUGACAGAGGAUGGUUAUUAUUUGACAAUAUGCAGAAUUCCACAUGGAAGAAAAAAUCAAACCAGAGAUCCAAAGCCUGUCGUACUUCUCCAACAUGGAAUAUUUACAGAAGCUGGCUGUUGGGUUGCAGAUAUGGCCAACAACAGCCUUGGUUUCAUUUUAGCAGAUGCUGGCUAUGAUGUCUGGCUGGGAAACAACAGAGGAACGAGCUGGUGUCAGAGACAUCAGAAUUUUUCCAUAAAGCAAAAGGAGUUUUGGGAUUUCAGUUUCCAUGAAAUUGCCAUAUUUGAUAUUCCUGCAACAAUAAACUUUAUUCUGCAGAAGACUGGGCAAAAACAACUAUAUUACAUUGGCCACUCUCAAGGCACUACUCUUGGUUUUAUAGCAUUUUCAACUUUUCCACAACUGUCUCAAAAAAUCAGAACAUUCUUUGCCUUGGCACCGUUGAUUUCUAUGAAACAUACCACAGCCUUUUAUGCAAGAAAGUUACUCUACCUUCCUGAAAACGUCCUCAAGAAACUGUUCAUCAGCAAUGAUUUCUUUUUCUCACGCAAGCCUGUGAGAGACGCUGUUUUCAAGUUAUGCAAUACAGCUAUAAUGAAGAAAAUCUGUCUGGAUUGGUUAUCAGGUGGAGUCAAUGAAGCAAAUAUAAAUAUGAGCCGUGCAGAUGUGUAUCUCUCUCACAUUCCAGAUGGGGGAUCAGUCAAAACCAUUCUUCACUGGAGACAGGUUUCAAAAUCAGGAUUAUUCAGAUAUUUUGACUAUGGAAGUGGGAAUCAGGCAAAAUAUAACCAGUCCUUUCCUCCUUCAUAUCAUUUAGAAGCCAUGACUGUACCAACUGUAAUAUGGUCUGCUGAAAAGGAUACUAUGGCAAAUCCCAAAGAUACGUCUCUGUUACUUCCUCAGAUUAAUAACCUCAUUUACUACCACAGUUUUCCAGACUGGUGCCACUGGGAUUUUGUUUUAGGUCUUGAUGCCCCCCAACGCCUAUACCAUAAACUCAUUGAAUUUAUGAAAAAAUCACUGUAAAUAAAUAUUUUACAUUUUGAGUUUAAAGGUAUCUUUUUUAUUUGUGUCAGGAUAACCCAGUGGCCAAGAAUGGUGUAAGAAGGAUUCUAACUUAUCAAAUGCUACUUCAACACUAUGUUGCAUACUGGUGUAAAUGGUAUUUUCUGGCUUUGUUUAAUAUGUCAUAUUUAAUCCUUGUACCCUGUUUCACAUUUCUGAAAUCCUAGUCUAUUGCAUUAUUUAUUAUUUGUUUCCUCAUCUUAUUAAUAAAAGGGACUUUCAUAUGUAAUCUGACUUGAGAAUUAGUGAUAUAGACUGUGUAUAACAUAAAUAAAAUAAACUUCUAUAAAUAUACAGCACCUAGGGUACAAAAAGCGAGUAAUUAUGAAAUAAAAGCAU